UUUUUGUUGGUUGAAUUGUGUCUAAAAUGUGCCCCACUAUUUCCUGGCUACGCCAAAGCCCUCGCUUCCACCGUCGCUACCAACACCCGAUCACUACCGUCAUUCCCAUCCUGGCCCUUCAAGAUCGCACUCCCAAAACGUUACCGACUUCGCUGCUAGCAAAUCGUCGAUUGCCGGCGUACACGGACAAAAUCAGCCGAGGGUCCUAUUAGUCUCUUCUGUACUGCACGAUUGACGGCGUCCUAUCAAUCACGAGAAACCCUAACCCAAACUUCUCCCUUCGCCAUCACGAUUGCCCGCAGAGGCUUUCAUCGCAGUCCGUUUAUAGCAGAGACUCCGUCCCCAAGCACAAUCGAAGACCUCUCCCCUCCCUGCUUUUUCUCACGCUUCGAACAGCUAGCAUCUAAGAAGGUUCGUAUUGUGUCACAAGCACUCGUCUCUUGCACUUGUUAGGAAACAAGAGCUUCAGUUUUUGCAAGAAUGUGAUGCAGUUGUUCAAGCAGACAUUGAGGAUGAAGUAAGGAGUUGAAAGAAUCUGUAUAACAGCUUGGAAGUGCACUGCUGGCAGGUUGGCAGAUUAUGCUGAAUUUUAUUGUCCAUUUUGGUGAAUCACCAACUCUACAGCUUACACAAGGGAGUUAUUGUGUUGCAUCUUCCAUGAUUUUUUGCCGCUGUUUGCUGUUGUCAAACUAAUAUGCAGACGAGUGGGAACCUUUCCAAGAAUAAUUCUUUGAGACUGACACCUCAACAGUCUCUUCGGCGCUUGGGGUUGUGCUCUCAAGUAGCAACUGGACAACACUCCUCCCCCAUUGUCUUUCCAGAGAAACGCAGUAAGGUGAAGGCCUCCAGGCAUGGCACCGUAAGUGUCACCAGUGAUGAUCUUAAGAAAGCAAAAAGGGAGGAGCAUAGGAUUGAUAUUGGGGAUGAGCAGUCUGACUUGUUGGGAUAUGAAGUGUUUUCUGGAAAGCUGGUUUUGGAUAAGAGAAAGACAAGUAAUGCUACUCAAACCUCUACAGAUAAUAUGAACCAGGAUGCGGUUGAUGCUAAACUAACAAGCAAGGCAUUAGUCUGGGGUUCUCAUGUGCUUUGUCUGGAGGAUGUCAUUUCGGUAUCCUACAAUGUAGGUGUCAGGCAUUUUACUAUUCAUACAUAUCCCUUGAAAAAGGCUCCACGUGGCCUUUCUUGCUUUAUGAAAAUUGGUAGAAGUCGGAAAGAUAUUCGUUUCUUGGCUUCUAGCUCCGAAGAAGCACACCAGUGGGUUAGUGGAUUUGCUGACCAGCAGUGUUUUGUGAAUUGUUUGCCUCAUCCUUUGAAGCAGGCUUCAGAUAUGGUUGCUAGUGAUUUUUCGUCUGAUUCACAUGUUAAAUGCAAGAGUCCACCUAAAGUUCUCGUUAUUUUAAAUCCAAGGUCUGGACGUGGUCGUUCCAGUAAAGUUUUUCAUGAGAUGGUGGAACCAAUAUUUAAGCUUGCAGGGUUUAAGAUAGAGGUAGUUAAAACAACAUCUGCCGGUCAUGCUAGAAAUCUUGCCUCCACUGUUGACUUCAGCACAUGCCCUGAUGGAAUUAUUUGCGUUGGAGGUGAUGGUAUUGUUAAUGAGGUUUUAAAUGGUCUUCUCAGUAGAGAAAACCAGAAAGAAGCAAUUUCAAUUCCAAUUGGGAUUAUACCGGCCGGUUCGGAUAAUUCUUUAGUUUGGACUGUUCUAGGAGUUAGAGAUCCCAUCUCUGCUGCAAUAGCUAUAGUGAAGGGUGGCCUUACUGCCACAGAUGUUUUUGCUGUUGAAUGGAUUCAGAGUGGUGUUAUACAUUAUGGGAUGACCGUCUCAUACUUCGGUUUUGUCAGUGAUGUGUUGGAACUUUCUGAGAGAUAUCAGAAGCGAUACGGGCCUCUCCGUUAUUUUGUUGCUGGUUUCUUGAAGUUCUUAUGCAUGCCGAAGUACAGUUUUGAAGUGGAAUAUCUUCCAGCAUCAAAAGAGGCAAUUGAUCGUGAUGGAAAAGUGUCUGCUGAUAGAGAAAUAGUUGACCUGUCAGACCUAUAUACAGACAUUAUGAGGAGAUCAAAUACAGAUGGGAUUCCUAGAGCCUCUAGCCUAUCAAGUAUUGACUCAAUAAUGACCCCAAGUCGGAUUUCUGGAGGAGAGUUGGAUACAACCUGUAGUAGCACUCAUGCCAGCACCGAACCAUCAGAGUAUGUGCGUGGCCUAGAUCCAAAAUCAAAGCGCCUAUCAUCUGGGAGGAGCAACGUGAUGGAAGAACCAGAAGUUAUACACCCUCAGCUACCACUUUCAGCAACUCCCAAUUGGCCAAGGACUAGGUCAAAGUCAAAAACAGAUAAAGGAUGGACUGGAUUGACAGCCACACAUGAUAAUACCACUAGAAGUUCUUGGGGAAAUACAGGAUCAAAUGACAAAGAGGAUAUUUCAUCGACAAUGUCAGAUCCAGGUCCAAUUUGGGAUGCUGAACCAAAGUGGGAUGUAGAGCCUAACUGGGAUUUGGAAAAUCCCAUCGAAUUGCCAGGUCCGUCAGAUGAUGUUGAAACUGGAUUGAGGAGGGAAGUCGUGCCCAGGCUGCAAGAUAAUUGGGUCGUCACAAAAGGUCAAUUUCUUGGUGUUCUGGUCUGCAACCAUUCUUGCAAAACUGUUCAAAGUUUGAGUUCCCAGGUGGUGGCUCCAAAGGCAGAGUAUGAUGACAACACCUUGGACUUGUUAUUGGUUCAUGGAAGUGGACGGCUGAGGCUGUUGAGGUUUUUCCUGCUUCUACAAUUGGGUCGACACCUUUCGCUGCCUUAUGUGGAAUAUAUCAAGGUGAAGUCAGUGAAGAUUAAGCCAGGAAAGGACGCACACAACGGCUGUGGCAUUGAUGGGGAGCUUUUUGCAGUGAAUGGGCAAGUCAUGUCUUCUUUACUUCCCGAACAAUGCAGGCUUAUAGGUCGCCCCACAACCAUUAAUAAAUGAAAGUUGUAACCCCCCGAAUUCUUUUUCCUUUUGCUGGGUUUGGGGUGGGAGUCCAUGGAUGCAUGUAGGCGCUCCUAUUUCACUUUUGAUUGUGGAAUGUGGGGGGGAGCAUUCAUAGACUGAAGAGCUUAAACCUCUUCCAUCUUAUUCGAACCUCCCACCAUUUCUUCCUUCCAUGGUUGAGGUCCUUGUAAAUUAUUUAUUGGUGUUGUGCUUGUUCCAUUUCUUUUUCGUUCCUCCCUUUGUGUUUUUCUUCAUUUUUUGUUGUUCUAUUAUGUAGCUUUCUCCCACAUUUGUUUGUGUGCAAGCUGCUAUUGUUUUUAUGUUGUCAUAUGUGAAGUGCUCCGGAUAUUGAAUCCUAAAGUAUUUGGUUUUGGAUCGCCUUUUUAUAAA